ACUGCAAUCCGACCACAAGGGAGCUACUGGAGUCAGUUGACAUCGACUUGCGAGGCGCGCCGCCGGAGGCGACACGCAUACGUUUGGUCGUUUUCCACGUACGUCGACAAAGGAUAAUAAUGUAACUAUACAGUUUAUCUAACAAAAUUUCGUUGCAAACAUGCUAGAUUUAUGGUUUCAUCGUUGGAUCUUCUUUACUCGGUGUUCCGUCAUGUAAUUGAAACUACCAGCUGGAUUAUUUUCACAACGCUAUACGCUGGGCAGAAUUAAGUUAAUUAAUCUUUCCAGAGGCGUCAAAUCUCGCGAACUUCAUUUGAGGCAGUUCGUAAAUGACUUAAACGCAGUGAAAACGUAGUAAAACCGUCGUUUCAAUGAUUGUAAUGGCCAGUUACCUAGACUGUGCCUAGCCAACCGAAGCUUGCUGCGCCCAAGCCGGGCGAAGAUUGACGCUGCUCGGUGUCAUCCAAGUGAAGUGGAUCGAGUUUACUAUUCGACAAUGCUUGGAAUAAUGUCCGAACACCAAGAUUCAUUACUGAAGUGUAAAGCCGAGGCUCUGCCGUCAGAGAGAAAAAAGAGGACAGUGGAGGACUUCAACAAAUUUUGCAGUUUUGUCCUUGCAUAUGCAGGUUACAUCCCAUCACCAAAGGAGGAAAGACCAUGGUCACCAGGAUCCUCCAAUUCUCCAAACAGCUCUGGUGCUUCAGGUGAAAACAGCGUUUUAGGUGGUGCAAGUUCUACCGUCGGCACCAGCUGGAGUCACGGGUCUUCAGACAUGCAUACCAUUCACACUUUUGUUCGUAAGGCUCGUGCCAAUAAGAGCAACAAGAGCAUGCGUCGAUUAUCUUCUGACAGUAACCUGAUUGACAAGAUGUGUUUAAAAGACUCUUUCUAUGAGGGCGAGGCGGCCAGCAAAGCAGAACGCAAAAAGGACAAAAAACUCAAGCGCCAUUCUUUAGGUUCAGGUACUGGCGACAGCAGCAGCAGCGGUGGGGAGAAACGUGCAAGGAUCAAACGCAGUAAAAACCCCAAACAGUCCAAAGCCCAUAAGAAGCUUAAGAGCUCGGCCCACAGCGAGACAGACUCUGAGACCGGUCUCGGCCGCGGAGACGAGCACUUGGGCUGGGGAGAGCGCAGGCUACAGGCCCCGGGUACGACACUGGUGAAAGUAGAGAAGGAGGAGGAGGCCACCAGAGAGGCUGAUAUGAGCUCCAGUGAAGGAGAGACUUGGAUAGCGGAUGAAGACAUUAUGGUGGAGUCAGGUGAUGAUUCGUGGGACUUAAUCACCUGUUACUGCGGUAAACCUUUUGCAGGACGGCCCAUGAUUGAAUGUAGUCAGUGCAGUAUCUGGGUGCAUCUCUCUUGCGCCAAAAUCAAAAAAUCCAAUGUGCCCGACAUAUUUAACUGCCACAAAUGCAGAGACACUCGACGGUCGGGUCAUAAAAAAGACACUUAGAGGAGGGUGAUCAUUCCCUCGAAGGUUUGAAUGUUCCCGAUUCUCUAGUUUUUUUGUUUGUUUCCAGAGCAAUUUUGGUUUCCAUUUUUAUGUUUUUUUGCAGCUUUUACAACUAUUUGAUUCCCUGCUCUUAGGAUUAACAACUGCUUAAAUGUUUUGUGAUCACCAAUGUAGGGAGAGUCCACUAAGAAAUCUCAAGUGAAUUCAAUUGGUCACGUAACUCCAGAGUUGAUAAGUCUCUCUUCUCUCUGGCUCAAAUUUGAUGAUUCAUUAGUCAGAAAUCCAAGUUUCAGUGAUGUUAUAAUUAGAUCCGAUGCUGAAAAAUCACACUGUUUUCCAACUGUGGAAAAUAUUCAAGGUAACACAAUCCAUUUUAUUAAAACUAAUUGUUUAUUUAAUUCUAUUUAAAAUAAAAAUCUUCAGCUAUAAUAGAUGAUGAAAAUUAUAAAAGGAUAUUUAAAAAAAAAAUUGUGUAGGGAUGCACCGAAUGUUCGGCAACUGAAACCAUUUGGCUGAAAAUAGCAUAAAAAAGCAUUUGAGAUGUUUUGCCAAAUAAGCAAAAAGACUGAAUAAAUUUUAACAAACAAUAGCGUUUAUGAUUAAGCUGGUUGCUAUUUGAUCAUAUAGAGUGAAAGGCAUGCAUGCUUUAUAAAUGCAGCAAACAUGUUGGCAGUGAGAAAA